AUGAGAGGUUCACAGUCUGUUAAGAAUCUUCACGCAUCUCAAUCUCCAAUGUCUCGAACAGCAAGCCAGCCCUAUUUCAUGUAUUCUAGUUUGAAAAAAGACACUCCUUCUUUCCUUGUAAAGGCACAGGAAAUACCUCCAGUAUAAAGAACCAUUGACUUUGACAGACUGUUGAUGAGGCCAAGUCACAAACCAAAUCGUCUUAAGUUUGACAAAACUAAAUCUGACUGUCUCCUAGAGGAGGAUCAUUUUAAACUGUUUGAUAUGCCCUGGAUUUAGAAGUUAAGAUUUGUAGACCCUCAAGAACAGCUUCAGUUGACUUAAAAUAAAAAAGCACCAGAGACUACAAUCCCAGAUAGAGCUCCUCAUUUCUUUGAUUAGGAUAUGCAAAAGUGGCAUUAAAAGUUUGAAAAGGCUAUUAAUGAGAGAACUUAGAGGAAAAAGUUGAUGCAGACGACGCACGAGUUCAAUAUGACUACCAAGAACUCAAAUUUCUAAAAAUCUGCGUAUAGCCUCCCUAAGAGAAGAAUGAGCAGAUAAAGCAACGAGGCUUUUCUAAAUGUAGACUUUGAAUGCUUAGGAAACACUAAUGAUUAUAAUCAUUUGAUCCAAAAAAGAGUUGGAGGAGUGCACCCUAAUCCAGUUCAGUUAGAUUUUGAAAUGAAUCUUAGGAACUACAAGAGUCAGUCUUAAUUCAAGGGAAAUGAGCCUUGGAUCUAUCCAAAGACCAAGAAGAUGAAGGCAGUAGUAACUGAUAAGAGCAUAUUCCCCCAAAUCCCAAGACUCUUCAAGAAGAAAACUGACUUAAAGGGGGAAGGUGAAGAAAACGGAGCAUUGUCGAGUGGUGAUUAAAGAGAUACACUAGAAAUCUUAGACUAGAAAAAAGCCAAAAUUCAACCAUAUAACGAUGUCUUUAGAGAGUCAAACAUGGGCAAAAUCAGACAUCUAUUUCAAAAAUCUAAUAUCAUUCAGUCAAUGCAGUGGCAAGCCAAUCUCAGACACUGGCAUCCAGACAGACUAGAUCCUAAGAAAGAUGAAGCUAAUACUAAUUAGCUUCUAAGUCCUAAGAAAAAAUGA